CCCACUUUGUCGAGUUUUCAUUAAGGAAUAAUGAAGGAAACGGAGAGGGAAGAGUUGCCCUCAGCGUCGCCUAGCUGCUGCACCCCCCAAGGGUCCCACAGUGCCGCUCCCUCCGCAGAGGCUCCGGGCUGCCAGGCGCUAGAGGAAAACAGAGACAUGGAGAUAAAGCAGGUUACCUUGCACAAGAGGUCUGGGCAAAAGGUAGGUGUUUUAACUGCUGAGGUGGUCUCCAGAUGUGUGUCCAACCUUGGACGCUUUGGCUCUGGGCUGCAUCAUUUGUACCACCACCUGUCACUGCCUAGUCAAGAUCUCAGUGACGUCUCUGUUUUAUCCAAGUAUGUCCACCUGGAAAUGCUGGAACUGCCACACAACAAAAUUAAAGAUUUAUCCUGCGUGAGCCACAUGCCCUACCUCGUCACCCUGGAUGCUUCACACAACGAAAUCUCCAGCUUCUUUGGAUUCCAGCCCCCGAUGAACUUAAAAGAGGUCAAUUUCUCCCACAACCGUUUGACAAAAAUGGAGGAUUUGUCAGCCUAUACAUCUCUUUGUAAUCUGGAUCUGGACUACAACAGUCUCAGUGAGAUCACUGGUCUUGAGCAAUGUUGCAAGCUCACCCAUCUCAACGUGGAACACAACAAGAUCUCGAGGAUCAGCGGUCUGCACAGCCUGCCUCUCACACACCUCUGCCUGAGGGGAAACCAGCUGGAGAGGAUUGAAGGGUUGGAAAAUCUGAAGUGUCUGCAGGUUCUUGACUUGUCUCUGAACCGCAUCACCAGCCUGUCUGGGCUCCACAAUCUCCACCUGCUGGGCUCCAUCAAUCUGGAGAAAAACAUGAUCAGUGAAAUUCAGGAGUGCAAGCACAUUCAUGAUCUUUUCCUGUUGAGAGACCUCAACCUAUUGGGAAACCCUGUACAGGAUCAACCAGAUUACAGACUGGCAGUCAUCUUCCUCCUCCAACAUCUUACUGUGCUAGACCAAGAAAAAGUCAGCGUUGAAGAAAAGGUAUCUUCAGUAAACAAGUAUGACCCUCCUAUGGAUGUGGUAGCAGCCCGGGAUCACAUGACCCACCUUGUGUAUCAGCUGAUGCAGCCCCAGGUGCUUUAUGACAGUACUAUGCCGAAUACAGACUCUCCAUAUCCUAUGCUGGUUCUGACUGGUCCUCAGGGCUAUGGGAAGAGAGAGCUGGCUCACAGACUGUGUCAGGAGCUGAACGAAUACUUUGCCCAUGGAACCAGCCACACCACUAGGGGUCCUUACUUCGGGGAGGAGGAUGGAAUUGAUUACCAUUUUGUCAGUGAGGAGGAUUUUCAGAACAUGAUUCACAUGGGUAAGUUCAUCCAGACCAUGCAGUACGGAGGUCACAGCUACGGUCUGAGCAGGGACGCCAUAGAGGGUGUAGCCAGGGAGGGACUGGCCUGCUGUGUGCAUAUGGAGCUGGAGGGUGUGUUCAGUCUGAAGAACAGCUUCUUUGAGCCUCGAUACAUCCUGCUUAUCCCCACCCAAAUGGAUAAGUACAUGGGCCACCUGACAAACCGGGAUAUCUACACCCAAGCACAGAUAGACAUGGCGGCGUCACGUGUAGAGCUCUACAUAAAUACUAACAGGCAAAGACUGGGAUUCUUCGAUAAUGUUAUCCCCUGUGAUGAUUGGGAAGAAGCCUACCAGACACUGAGGCAGGUUGUGAAAGAGUACCUGUUGCUAGAGGAGCAGGAAGAAGGAGAGAACAACACCAAAGGAUCCCCUGACAACACCUCCAAUGGUCACGAGCCAGAGGAGAAGCCACGCUCACCACCCCUAUCGAGGUCAGGAUCCGGCGCACUUGCAUCUCACCCUGCCACACCUAUUGACCCCUCAGAUCCAUGUUACAGGAACUAUUUUACCAAGAUUCAGGCAGAGCUUAGCCCUCAGAAGAGCCAUGCUGAGCUAGCUUCCAUCAGGAGGCGUGAGCACCUGGUGAGAGAGGCUAUAGUAGGGAAGAGUCCAGGGGUCUACAGCCAGCUCUUCAAAAGCUCUGCUCAAACUGCACCAUCAUCCCUGCAGAAUCCUGAUCCCCAUUUGAAUGAAGCCGGCAGCUCUGAUGAGUCUCGUGCCAGUUCCACGCUGACUGUGCCCGGUUCAGCCGGGGGCUUGAAUGACUCUGUGGAGCCGCUAGACAUAUCUGUCCUGGGACAUAACUUGGAAACACUCAAAGACCAAACUCCCGAAGCAACCCGCCCAGGCAUAGAUCUGCUCGAUGUGGUCGUGUCUCCCUCCUCAGAUAAACGUCCUGGAUCCAACAACAAACCUAUCCUGCCACCAAUCCCUGCAGGGCGCAAGACCCCUGCUUCUCCAAGCCCAGCUACGUCACCCAGACCCAGCCCAAACCCAGCAAGAGGAGAGGGCGGAGAUGUAGACAGGGAAGGAUAGUUCGUAACGUUUCAGACUUUCUCAUAACUAACACAGUUGUAAAUCUUCAAAGCAACUGCUUGAGGAAGGAUGCAUUUAUUUAAAAUCAGAUGAAAUAAGACGUCAAUCAAUAAAUAUGUGCAUAUAUAGUAGUAGUAAAUAUAAGCAUUCCUCUUAAAUGAAAACAACAAAGGUCUGCACCUGCAAAAGUUAAGAGUGGACCGCAAACCACACAUUUGUUUCUAUCUUCAUGCAAACUACACAGAGUUUGGUACAUGUGCGGUAAAGCCAAGACAAACACUUGUGGUAACAUCUGUCAGCACUUGUCCUUUCCUGUGAGCUGUCACUCGUGCCACAGCACGUCUGGAUUCUCUACACUUGCUAUAUACUAUGUAAAUGAUGGUGUUAAUGACCAUAUAUAGAGGGAGACUACAGUAUAAUUAUAAGCAACGUUGUGCUUUUCCUCUUUAAAUUACUAGCUUACAGGCCUUAAGGUUUGUGGCGUUGACAUAUAUAUAGAUUGAAGCUCAUACACUGAUGACAAGCUUUUCUAUCUCCUGUCUUGGUGUUUAUUAUUUACUAUUUACUUUGUUAAAAUGUGUUCAAUACUUGUUUGCCAUGGAAAAGUUAAUGUGUACAAACUGCGUGGUACAUGGUUCAUGUUUUAUGAAUGUAGCAUAAAGUCUCCUGACAGUGGCAUUAUAUUUCCCACUGUUUAGUAAUCUCAUCAAAUAAGGUUUGCCAUUGACAUCUGGAUACUGAUCUUUCAUAUGCAGCAUAGAUCUCUUGUCACUGGAUGGUAAACACCUCAUUAAUCUUCAUCUAUUCUAAUGGGAUUAUUUAUCCAACUGGAAAUACGUUCAUAUGGAAGUUGUUGACAGGUAUUAAACUG